AAAAAAUAGCAUCUUGUGAGUAGUGGGUAGAAGGGAAGAUGGAACGAACCUACAACAUCACUACGUUUACUCAAUAGUGUCAAAAAAUGGAUUACAUGUAACGAAUGACAGUUUUGGCAUUAAUCGAUUAAUGCAGUUUGUGGUCAAUGAUGGCAAUCUCCCCUGUUCCUAAAGUUUUGCUUUGAUUUCAUUUUGCCAAAAUGAGUCACUUGGGCAGCCAAGUCUCCCUAGGGGCUGGAGCCUCUAGUAUGGCAAUAGACCAAGAAAUCAAAUCUUCCUCUCAGUUCACUCUUAAAGUCCACCUUCUGAAUGGCAGUUUUAAUGUAAUUAAAUAUGGAGAUGCAACGGAUAUCAAAAGUAUCAUUACGUUAUUGACAAGCAACAUGGGUAGUCAACAAAAUAGUCAGCGACCAUUUCAACAAAUGUAUGCAAUACGAUUAACACAUCCUAGCUCUAGGGUAGCCUACUGGUUACACCAAGAUAUGAAUAUGUUCCAGGUUGAAGAAAAAUAUAUCUCUAAACACCCAACUGAAGAAUGGAACUAUGAAUUAAGGAUACGCUACCACCCCCAGAACCUAAGUGAAGUGUUUGAACGAGACCGUGUGACAUUUUACUAUUACUAUGAUCAGAUUGCAAGCGAUUAUCUUGCUAAACAGCCAACUGAUACUGAGCAAGAGCUUGCAGUUCAGCUUGGGGUUCUCCACAUGAGAUAUUAUUUCAAAGAUAUGGCUCAUGUUGCUCUAGAUAGAAAAAGUAAUUUUGAAUAUGUAGAGAAGGAAGUUGGUCUGCACCGAUUUAUACCCCGUUCUGUUAUUGAUGCUGCCAAACCAAAAGCUAUUCGUAAAGCCAUACAAUCUCAAUUUAAGAGUGUAGCAAAACUCAGUGAGCGUGAUGCAGCAUUCCGGUUUUUGGAUUUACUUCGUACUCACAUGGAGUAUGACCAUGAGCGCUUUCAUGUGUCUCUGGGUUCUGGAUGGUCUAUACCAGUUGAACUUGUGAUUGGUCCUAGUCUUGGUAUCUCCUAUGUCACUCACCAAGCCACCACUCCAACAAAAAUGGCAGAGCUCUCGAGUAUUAAAGCAAUUCAAACUCUAAUGACUGAAUGUGAAGCUCAUCGCAAGGCUAUGGUGCAGCUACGUGUAGCUGGAACAUCAGAAUCUCUAACUGUAACUUGUGCUUCAAUGGAGGCAGCUGAGAGUCUAGCUGACUUGAUCGAUGGAUAUUGUAGACUCUCAGCAGGCACUAACACUUCACUAUGGAAUCGUAAAGCGGCUCUUUGGAAACGUUAUCCAUGUCCUUGUGCUGCCACUAAAGAUGCUCAUAUGUCCAAACCUAAAUCUGGCGGACCCACUCUGACUGAAGAUUAUGCUGAAAUUGUUGAUGAAGAGGGUGACUACUCCACGCCUGCUACUCGUGAUUAUGAGUUGGUUCGCAAUCAGGUAGAGCUAGGAGAAAUAAUUGGUGAAGGACAGUUUGGGGAUGUGCACAAAGGAAGUUUCCGAUCCAACAAAGAUGGUCAUAUUGUUCCUGUGGCCAUUAAAACUUGCAAACCUGAUGCAGAUCUUGCUACUGCUGAGAAAUUCUUGGAAGAAGCUUAUAUCAUGCAGCAGUUUCAUCAUCCCCAUAUAAUUCGAUUAGUUGGAGUUUGUUCUGAUAGUCCUAUUUGGAUUGUGAUGGAGUUAGCUAGAUUAGGGGAGCUUCGGGCGUAUCUUCAACAAAAUUCAGCACGUUUGGACCUUGCUACUUUACUGCUAUAUUCAUUCCAAUUGAGCACAGCCCUCUCUUACCUUGAGUCCAAAAAAUUUGUUCACAGAGACAUAGCUGCUCGAAAUGUAUUAGUAUCAUCUCACCAUUGUGUCAAGCUAGCAGACUUUGGAUUAUCUCGAUGGGUAGAAGAUCAAAGUUACUACAAGGCGUCGAAAGGAAAGCUUCCCAUCAAAUGGAUGGCACCAGAAUCUAUUAACUUUAGACGAUUUACAACUGCCAGUGAUGUUUGGAUGUUUGGGGUAUGCAUGUGGGAGAUCCUUAUGCUUGGUGUGAAACCAUUCCAAGGUGUUAAAAACAACGAUGUUAUUGGCAAGAUAGAAAAUGGCGAGCGCCUUGCCCUACCAGCUCGCUGUCCUCCAAGACUUUACAGCCUUAUGUCGUCAUGUUGGAGCUAUGAGCCCUCUAAAAGACCAAGUUUCAAGGACAUAAAAGAAGUUUUGAAUGAGAUUUUACUAGAAGAGAGAAGCCAGCAACAAGAAACAAUGCGGAGAGAAAAUAGAAGAGUUCAGGCUAUGUCGUGGGGUUCUUCAGGCUCUGAUGAUCCUCCUCCACCUAAGCCAUCUCGCAUGCUCCAGGCAGGCAACUUGCCAGACUGCUCAUCAACUGCAUCAUUGAACACCUCAGCGGUUGCUGCUCCUAAUGUGCAAACGUAUAUAGUUGCACAAAACCCAGAAGUUUUGAUGCAAUUGAUGAGAGAAAAUGAGAACCGUGCCCUGAACCCUGCUGUGUACACAACUCCAGCUUCAGCAUUCAACACAUUAGCGGUAGAUUUCAAAGACAAAGGACCUUCUCAUUCUACUUCCACUUGUUCCCUCACCCAAAGUCCUCAUUUAUCAAGUUCUCGCCGUACGCUUGACUGUGUGUCACCAUCUACCUCUUUGGGGGCAGUGAGCGACGGAGCCUCAUCUCCCAUCAUGCGCAAAUCUCUUCCUCGUAACAAAACUAAGCAGGUUACAGCUCCUAUGGUGGCGUCUACUUCUUCCUUGAAAGAUGAUUCAGAUGAUGCCUCUACAUGCUCUCAAUUAUCUAUGACAUUGUCUACUCAUUCAUCUACUGCGCUGGAUCAGACUCCUACACAAGGCCCGACGCCUUCUACUAUAUAUGGUGAUUCCGCUCUUGACACUGAAGCAGAAUCAAGAAGACUUGAACAGCGUUUGAAGCAACAACAGAAGCAGUCGGAAGAAGAUGGAAAGUGGCUUGCUGAAGAAGAGAGUAAUUUGAAAAAGCGUCUUUCCAUGGUUGGUGCGGAAGGAGAAGAAGCAGCAGCGCUCAGUACUGGCUCCGUGAGCCGCGGUCCGAGCCCUGAUCACUCUGAACAUUCCACUGCUUCUUUAGAUAGGGUAAUUGUAGUCAAGAAAAUGGAGCCAACACCUACUGCUGAUCUUGACAGGACAAAUGACAAUGUAUAUGAAUGCACCACAACUGUUGUAAAAGCUGUUAUGAGUUUAUCACAAGGUGUCCAACAAGGAAAUGUUGAAGAGUACCUUGAUCUUGUCAGGCAUGUAGGGGUUGAGUUGAGGGCAUUACUUACCAGUGUUGAUGAUUUAGUGCCGCUUUUCCCAAUGGCUGCUCAUAGAGAGGUUGAGCUGGCUCACAAAGUUCUUAGUAAGGAUAUGAGUGAGCUGGUCAAUGCCAUGAAGUUGGCCCAAAGCUAUAGUACUACUACCCAUGAUAAUGUGUAUAGGAAGGGAAUGCUCUCUGCUGCUCAUGUCUUGGCAAUGGAUGCAAAAAAUCUCUUAGAUGCUGUGGACUCAAUUCGAAUUCGGUAUCCAGAUGUUGACCGCAUCAUUUGUAAUGGUGGAAUACCUCCCCCUGAGCCAGCUCCAGAAGGACCUCUGGGGCAGGCUUCAAGAGAAAUUGAUUCAGCUGAGACACCAACAAAUCCGUCGGUAUGUAUAACAGACAGUGUUGUUGGUAUUGCUGUCCCAACAACGCCACCACCACCAGCUGAUCCAGAACCUGAGCCACUGCCACAUCCAUUAGAACAGCCAAUUUAUGUUGCGUCCGGGAUACCAGUUAAUCAUCUCCAGAAAGUUCAUGCAAGUCAGGCACCUACGAGGGCAGAUUGUUCAUGAUCUCAUCUGUGACAGGAAUAACUUCGUUUGUAUCUUCCUAUCACAUAGGGACAGCUUUAAUGUACCAAACAACAGUCUUGAAGUUCCGAAAUGUAACUUUAAUUCUUUAUGUUGCUCUUCAGUUAUACUUUGUUUCCCAGUUUAUUCUGCGCUCUUAGCUCUUUUUUUAAGAAGACAUGUUCCAACAUUUUCUUUAUGUUCUAUCUUUUCCAUAAUGCAAAUGAAACUUAACACUCCUUCCUUUACAAUCUAGUGUAGGUGUUUUCAAAAGUUUGGUGUAAGUUAAAGAAGUAGGUACACAAGUUAAGAGAUGUUGUCUUCCUUCAAACUAAAGGCAACAUUGUAAAACCGGAGGCAGUGUUGUUUCUGUAUUGUUUGUUUCUAUUUUUAUAGAAAAAUUACUGAAGAUCAAUAUGCAGUAUUGAUAAGAGAAGGCCUUGUAUUAAUGUGCUAUUGUGAUAAUUGGAAGACUAGUCAAUGAGACCAAGUGUCAUUCCGCUCAACACUCAGUCUGAGGAUAUUGUUUCCUGCUUUAUCUUGGGGAUGCGAGGACUAGAAUUAUAGUACAAAGAAGUAGGCAUUUAUGCCUGUGCUUCCACUAAUGUGCUUAAUCGUUUUACACACUAUUUUUCCCUUCUUACUUGAGUUUUCACUGAUUUGGAGGAAUGUGGGAUUUAUUUUGUGUUUAUCAACUGUUCCUUAUCUAGAACUAAUCAUGUUGAUCUGCUUAUUUUGGAUUAUGGCUGUUUUGUUUGAGUAGAAUGAUCAAUUGAUUCUUAGGCUGAUUGUUUCAGAUGUGUGUUGGUUUUACAUGAGACUGAAUUUAUGUUUCAUCUAUCUUUAUCUUCUCCCCACCCUUUUUUAAAAAUGUCAUAUCUUUUUUUCCCUGCUUUUUUAUCUUUUUGUUUUGUCUUGAGAGUUCUAAUGGACUAACUGGCUAGAAGUAAAAUCAAUUAAGUAGUCAAUCCCAUCUCUUUGUGUUCUUUUGAACUGCUUUCAUUUUUCAGAUUCAUCAGACCGAAUAUUGUUCCUGUUGUGUAGAUUCAAUGACAUAUCAGUACGAUUUUACUAAGUGCAAUAAUGUGUUCAGGAAGGCUGUUUUCAUCUAGGGGAAUAUCUCAUAGCAAGCUACUGUGUUUAGAAUCCUUACAUCAGUACUUAGCAAUUUAUCUGGGACUGGCAUCAUUUUUUCAAGCUUGAUAGUUGGUAGUUAACAUUCUCCCUUCAUCUCACUCAGUAUACCACUUUUGUCCAUUUUAGGGUUUUACUAUACAUACAUUUGUAGUCUAAAGCCAAAAAUAAAGUGUAGCUAACUUUCUCAAUCAGAGAUAGGGGAGAUCUUUCCUCUGUGGUUUUACAAUUACUGACAAUGACAUUUAAAUUAACAUUAUCUUAUCCAAUUGAUUGUAUUGUAUUAGUGUUUUCUCUUGUCCCCAGAUUUAGUAGUGUAGUGUGGUUUGAUCAGUUUCAUGCGAGAAACUAACUCAUUGUUUCAAAUAAUUUAGUCAUUACCACUAUGAAUAUAUUUACGUCUGAAAUAUUGUGUAUUAUCGUAGAGCAUAAUGUGAUGCAGAAAGAUUAUGAAUACUCAAUAUCUACCAUGGAAGUAAUUUUAAAAGAAAAUAUGAAAAUCUAUGUAUAUUGUAUAUCUGUAAUUCUUUUAUUAAUUAAAAAAAAUAAGAUCUGUUA